AUGGCCGAUAACACCGAGUCCAAACCGUCCGCGGACGUGAGCACUCGGGACUCCCACCAAAUAGAUCCGGCGUUGCAGCCGGAACACCAGCAUCAUCACGCUCAUCACCACCACACAGCCUUUGCGGAGCAGGGCCGAGAGGAGGAAGUGGUGUACUCCAAGGACACGGCAUUCGAGAAAGGAAUUGUGCCAGAACCGACGGCGCUGGACCACGCCAGUAAAAGCCACAGCCAAAGCGACGAAGAAACGGGGGAGAGCCAGCCCGCAAAGCGACCAUGGGUGCAACGCACGCUGAGGCACUGGCGAAAAGCAGUCCACGCCGUGAUCUGGCUCCUGUUCACCGGCUGGUGGAUCACGGGCCUGAUCCUGCACCGGCAUGAUUUGGGAUGGUUGAUCCCGUUCCUGCUGUAUCUCGCCAUCACGCUGCGCCUCAUCUUCUUCUACGUGCCCAUCACCAUCGUGACGAGGCCGAUGCAUUUUGUCUGGAAUCAUACCGCUCGUCCAUUCGUGCGGAUUAUCCCCGAACGGCUGAGGUUGCCUCUCGGUGCCCUUUUCACCAUUGGAGUGAUUCUCAUCGGGGCAUUCGCUUCUCCCGAGACUCACGACAAUUCGCGCGGCGAUCGUGCGGUCAGUUUAUGCGGUCUUGCAGUCUUACUUCUACUGCUAUGGCUCACCUCGCGAGAUCGCAAGAAGAUCGUUUGGCACACGGUUAUUGUGGGCAUGCUGGUUCAGUUCAUCAUCGCGGUGUUCGUGCUGCGCAGCAAAGCAGGCUACGAUAUCUUCAACUUUAUCUCGAUGCUUGCCCGUGACCUGCUCGGUUUUGCCGGCGAAGGUGUGGUUUUCUUGACGGCCGAGAACUUUUACGACAUGAAAACACCCAUUACCCCGGGCAGUUGGUUCCUUGUCAGCGUGAUUCCCGCCAUCAUCUUCUUCGUCUCGAUCGUUCAACUUCUUUACUAUAGUAAUAUCUUGCAGUGGUUCGUCACCAAGUUUGCCGUGUUCUUCUUCUGGUGCAUGCGUGUCUCUGGUGCCGAAGCUGUGGUAGCAGCUGCUUCGCCUUUCAUCGGACAGGGAGAGUCAGCUAUGCUUAUUCGACCCUUCGUCCCGCAUCUUACCAUGGCCGAAUUGCACCAAGUGAUGUGCUCUGGUUUCGCCACUAUCGCAGGUAGUGUGUUGAUUGCGUACAUCACCAUGGGCGUCAACCCGCAAGCCUUGGUCUCCUCCUGCGUGAUGAGUAUCCCCGCCUCUUUGGCCUGCUCGAAGCUGCGCUGGCCCGAGGAAGAAGAAAGCCUGACAGCCGGUCGGGUCGUCGUACCGGAUAACGAGGAGCAUCGCUCCGCAAAUGCCCUGCACGCUUUCGCAACUGGUGCCUGGCUGGGUCUAAAGAUCGGAACCAUGAUCGGAGCCACGCUACUUUGCAUCAUCUCGCUCAUCGGUCUCGUCAACGGCCUGCUCACCUGGUGGGGCCACUACUUGAGCAUCAACGACCCACCAUUGACCUUGCAGCUCAUUCUGGGCUACAUCUGUUACCCAAUCGCUGCCCUUCUUGGCGUGUCCCGCGAUGACGACCUGCUCAAGGUGGCCCAGCUAAUCGGUCUCAAGAUCAUCUCGAACGAAUUCGUCGCGUACAACGCUCUUCAGAACGACGCCACCUACGCUAACCUCUCCGACCGCUCCCGUCUUAUCGCUACCUACGCUCUCUGCGGUUUCGCCAACAUCGGCUCCCUGGGUAACCAGAUCGGUGUGCUGGCGCAGAUCUCUCCCGGUCGUAGUGCGGACGUCUCGCGUGUUGCAGUCAGUGCUAUGCUCACGGGCGCCAUUAGUACUUUCACCAGUGCCAGUAUUGCUGGGUUGCUCAUUACGGACGAGAAACAGUAUUUCUCUUCUUGAUCCGAGAGCUCUGCAAGCCUGCCGGUAGUUUUAUCUGCAUAUUAGUCAGUUGGUUCUAUAAAGCCAAUAUGUUGAAUGAAUCCUAC